AUGGAGAACCAGACAGAGGUGAGUGAGUUCAUUUUCCUGGGCCUCACCAAUGUGAGAGGUCUACAGUGCUAUCUCUUUGCCCUCUUCCUGCUGCUCUACAUGGCCAGCAUUUUGGGGAAUGGAGCCAUUGUGGCUGUGGUACUGGCUGAGCCCCGGCUUCACACCCCCAUGUACUUCUUCCUGGGAAAUCUCUCCAGCCUAGACAUCUUCUACUCCACAGUCACUGUGCCCAAGAUGUUGGCUGGCUUCCUCUCGGGGCACCAGACCAUCUCCUUCACCAGCUGCCUGGCACAGCUCCAUUUCUUCCAUUUCCUGGGCAGCAGUGAGGCCAUGCUGCUGGCUGUCAUGGCCUAUGACCGCUACGUGGCCAUCUGCCACCCACUGCGCUACACACUGGUCAUGAGCCCACAGGCCUGCCUGCUGCUGGCAGGAGUCACCUGGGCCACUGGCUUCCUGCACGCCCUGAUGCACACGAUCAUGACCUCCCGCCUGCACUUCUGUGGCCCCAACCAUAUCCACCACUUUUUCUGUGACAUCAAGCCCCUGCUGAGUCUGGCCUGCAGCAGCACCCGCCUCAACUUGAGCCUCCUCCACAUCGUCACUGGGAUUGUCGGUGUGAGUCCGUUCAUCAUCACGCUCUUCUCCUACCUCUACAUCAUCUCCUUCCUCUUCCUGAAGGUCCGGUCACGGGAAAGCAGGAGAAAGGCCUUCUCCACUUGCACCUCUCACCUCACCGUGAUAGCACUGUACUAUGGGACAGCGAUCUUCGCCUACAUGCGUCCUUCUUCAGGAAGCUCCAAGGGAGAAGAGAUGAUCAUCACCCUAGUGUACAGUGUCAUCACCCCAGCUCUGAAUCCCUUCAUCUACACCCUGCGGAACAGUGAGGUGAAAUGCGCCACCAGGAAAUUCAUCACUAGAAAACUCUUCCCUGAAAGGAACUGA